ACCUCUGCUCGGUGAGCUCCUCGGCACAAGUUCACGGCGCAUUUGCAUCAUCAGUUUCCUGCCACAGCUCAGUAAACCAAACAGCUUUGCUUAGGCUUGGAACCAGCAGAUCCGUACAGCUGCAAUGGCGUCCCAAACCAUCGAGACCUACCGCGCCGGUGCAGACGUCGUCUGCGGGGACGCGGCGGCGUGCAAGAAGGCGGCGGUGGAGUUGCUAGCAGAGAUCGGGCUCCCCAAGGGGCUGUUCCCUCUGGACGACAUGCAGGAGUUCGGCUACAACCGCGCGGCCGGAUUUAUGUGGCUCGUCCGUGGGGAGAAGAAGAAGGACCAUACGUUCAAGAAGAUCAAGCAGACAGUUUCGUAUGCCGGCGAGGUGACGGCGUUCGUGGAGAAAGGCAAGCUGAAGAAGAUCGCGGGGGUGAAGACCAAGGAGCUGAUGAUCUGGCUGAGCGUCGUGGAGGUGUACGUCGCCGAGUCGGCUCCUGGCAAGGUCACCUUCAAGACUGGCACUGGACUGUCCGAUUCUUUUGAUGCAGCUGCGUUUGACCUUGGCAUGUGAGAUGGAGGCUGCCCUUGUUGUUUCGUACGAGCCAGUUAGCCAUCGGUAUCCAGUAGUGUGUUUUGUUCUUCAUAUACUCGUUGUUGCAAUCUUUAAGUACAUGCGCCUGUUUGUGUAAGCUUUCAGUGCCUUUUCUUAUGCUCCGGUGAAAACAUGUUUCAAGGUUUUGAGUAAUUUUUUUUGAAUGCCUUGUAUUUUUUUUCCUGAUAA